UGCCCCGUUAAACGUAGAAGAUCAGAAGAGCAGUUAGAGGACAUUAAGACAAAGAAACAAAGAAAGUCGAUCUCACUGUAUAAACUUAAAGCCAUCAAGAUGAUUGGUGAGGGAGCGUUUGGAAAGGUGAGAGACUCUUAUAAGGAUCAAACAAUAAUCACAAACGAUUCGUAAUAUUAAUUUGCACAAAAUUUAGACUAACUUUCGGCGGAUCACCGCCCUACAGUGGCGAGUAUCUCGUGGUCAAAAAACAAGCGAUUUAUCAAUUAGUUGAUCAAUUAAUUAAAUAAGUAAUUAUCUAUUUAUUAAUUUCAAAACUCCGUUAAAGAAGUUGAAAGGCUUUGUUUUUUUUCGAUUUUGCUAAGUGUGCGCCCAUUUAAUCAACAAAUAAGCGAUCAAAGGUGAAUAUGAUAUACACACUGUGUAAUUCCUUCUUUCUCCAACAAGUGGAUGAUAUCUGGGGCUAUUUUUCGAGUAAGGAAGUAAUUUGAAGUUCUUUGGAAACGCACUGGGUUUGAACUAAAAAAGGCCGGUUUUAAUACCGCGCCUAUCAACCGCUACAUCUGAAAGCGUGUCUUAUUCCAAAAUAUCUGUCAAUGUUUUUAUAGGUUCGUCUUUGUGAGAACCGUCGCACCAACAGACAAUACGCGGUAAAGCAGAUAAUUGAACCUGACCCAAGCAGUGUGGAAGAGAAAGUAUUGAGCCUCGCCUCGUCCAGUCCUUUCAUAACAAGACUUUGUGAAGAAGUUGAGAACCCGGUAUGAUACUUUUCAAAAUUGUACAAACAUUUUUCCUCCUUCUACCCCCGGUAUAAACUCCCACUCCCGACCGUCCGCCCAUGUGGAAAAAACGGCCGGCCAAUUACAUUUAUAGCAUACCUACAUCUUGACGAACUUGAAGGAAAUCAGGGGACUACAAGCCUUCCGAAAGAUUGUGAAUUAUACCUGUGCUAUGAGGCUUGAGUGAGGCGUUUGUGGUCGAUGGGUUAACUCCUCAAACUCUGGAUCUGAAGGUCUGAGGUUCAAGCCUCGCCAGUCGCGUUGUUUCCCAAGACAAGGAACUUUACUCCACUUUGUCUCUCUUCACCCAGAUGUAUAAACGGGUGCCGGCUACAUACUGCUUGGGGUGAACCCUGCGAUGGACUAGCAUCCUGUCCAGGGGGGAGAAGCAAUACUCCUAGGCUUGCAUCAUGCUUCGGAAACCGGUAUAAACUCCGACAGCGUGGGUCUUUGGCUCGUGUACGCCUUUACCUUUUACCUAUAACGGCUCCACUGGGCGUUUCUCUCUGUGCCUCAUGAUCUUUCUCAAUUUUACUCACUAUAACCUAAAAGAAAAUAGAAUGUUAUGGGUCAACUAAUAGUUUCUUUGUAUUUUCAUAUUAUAGUACCCUGGUCAUUUCAUUAUACUAGAGUUCGUUGAAGGAGGAGACCUUUUCACUGAAUUGGAUGAGAAUGGAUGGCUCAGCGAAAAUCGAACUAGGUAAUCGUACUUCCAUACCAAAGUUUUCGAGCAGCUGUUGAGAAAACAGUCUAUAACGUGACAAUGAAAGAAAACAGGACAGAAUUUAACACAUUUGGUCAAGUUUUCCUUUUAAACCGAAUGCCUACUAACACUUUAGUAAGACACGUUCCAUUAGUACUGGCUCGAAAUCAUCGUAAAUUAUUCUUGACCCACUCAUCCUGAAAUAACGACUGGUUCUAUCAACUGAGUUCUACCCAAUACAUGUAACCUUCAAAUUAAACCGAGGAUGCAAAAACCGGUAAACAAGACAAUUCUGUCAAAAAAAGUGAUAGAAACUUCACGCCUUCACCUCACAUACGCGGACGUAUACAAAAAAUGUACCACCUAUGGACCACUCCGAUGGACCGCUUCGUGAACCCGGUCCAUGGACUACCCCUGUGGACCACGCCUAAUUUUCGUAGAUGAAUUUAACCAGAGGACUAAACACAUUUUUGGAACCUUAAAUGGACGAAAAUGUGGUCAGUUUUUAUUAUCAGUGGUAUGGGCUCCUCAUAUUUUACACUCGCUUACUUUUUUUUCAAUUCCAUAGCAAUUGGAUGGGUUCGUUUUAGUCUGGUGAAGGAGUCAACAUAUUUUAGAGGGGCAGAAGUAUGGAGGAAGAAGUAUCCUAUGCAGCUUGUUUCGUGUUCCUGUUGUGUGAAAAUCGAACCAAAAACAGCUGUGUAUGAGACUAAGGACAAAAUAUUGUUUCUCCUCCCAGGCUUAACCAAACCCAUGAAUGGAAUUCAGGAAAAAUUUGAGCAAGUGUAUAAUAUGAGGAACCUUCAAUCCUGAUAAUAAAGACACAGUUUCAUCCAUUUAAGGUUCCUAAAUCUCGUUUAGACCUCUAGCUGCUAAAGAUUCAGGUUCAAAAAUUAGGGGUGGUCCGCGGGAGUAGUCCAUGGACCGGGUCCACGAAGAGGUCCGCGGACUGGGUCCGCGGAGAUGGUCCAUGGACCGGGGGUCAUGUUUUGUAUGCGUCCAUAUACGCUUAGUCAUUCAACAAAGCGUUAGUUACAGUUUCGUUAGGAAUCGAACUAUGAACUAUAAGCUAUCAAUUGAGGUCAUUUAAUCUUGCUAAUGAGACGUAGUAUUUUACUUAAAACAUCAUAUUGCUUGUCGUUUUGUUUUAGGUUUUACACUGCUGAGAUCAUCGCUGGAUUGCAAUUUCUACACCAAAAAGGUGUCAUUCACAGGUGAGCAGAAAUAUGAGAAAUAGCUGAAAUUCACACUUGUCAGCCGUAAAUCACAUGACUGUAAAAAGUAGGUGAUCGUUUGCUAGAUCAUUGUCUAUCAUGACAGGACUCAGCGCUCUCUAAGGUCCUUGUAUGGGUGAAGAAAGUUAAAUUUAUCAUUAUGCGGCUAUUUAUCCCUUUUCCUCGAAGAUUACGGUUGCAUCUCUUUUGGCUCAGUUUACUUAAAAAUCAAUGCCUUUAAUAUUUGCGUAAAUUUUUAUUUAUCCUAUGACAGGGACUUGAAACCUGAAAACAUUUUGCUGACCAAAAAUGGGCACAUCAAAAUCAGCGAUUUCGGAUUGUCCGCUAUCAUCGAUCCAGUUACACAGGAAAAGAUUAUCAACGCAGAAAUUAUCGGGACACCUCUUUACAUGGCUCCUGAGGUAAACCAUGGUACUGUAGCGUUAGUUAAGGGGGAAGUAUGGUUAAAAGCAUUAUUUUUCGUUGAUUUCCACCACCUCUCCUAAAUAUCAUUCAAUCAAAAAAUGACUCAAUUAUGUUGCAGUCCUUAAUUCACAAUUAUUUUUGAAUUUUUGGAUGAUUUUUCGAAUAUUUUAACCUAUAAAAUUUAGGGGGGAAGAUGUUUAAAACUUUGGGAAAAUGGGAAAACAUUGGAUUUGGGGGUUGUUAAAAAUUGAAAUAUGAAGUUAAUAAUUAGUAGACAAUUACCAGAUAGUCCACCACCACAAUAAGGUGCCUCUGAUCCCAUUAGCGGAAUAACUGGUACACCUAUUCUAACCUAAUCAACAUCAUCUCCCAAAAAACAAACCGUAAUUCCCCCUUAAGCCCUGUGAACCAAGUGUCUAAAUCAGUUUCUCGUGUAGCCUUUCUUGGUCAAUAACUCAGUAUUUUAUCCCAGAUCUAUGACCCAUUUCAGAACCACCAUCCAAAAUAUCCCUGGGCCUGAUAUCCUGCUUUUUACUUAGUGAAUCAGUGCUGAUAAUUAACGCUAAAACAAAUCUUUAUACAGGCUAUUAAAUACGAUGUUUUCUUGUACCAGAUCAGAUAUGUUACAGGUCAAAUUUGGUUUCAGGUUAAUUUUGAUUUGAGCUAGCUCGGUUAAAUCUCAAUUUUCUUUGUAUCCUUGCCCUAAUUCAUGAAUAAUUAGGGACAUGAAACAAAGCAAAUAGAGAACCAACCUACGUUAAAUAAUUUUAACCUGAAUUUAAUUUUGACCUGUAAUAUAUAUACUAAUGUUGGAUACACUGGAAGAAGGAAGAGCUGUUCAGUUUCCACAAAGCUAACAAUACACGACAUGAUCUACUCAUGAAAAAAUCACAAACCUCGUAGUAAGAUCUUUUGCUUAGGAGAAGCUCGACUUGUUUUCAUGGAAUAACAUCUUCUCGUGCUGAUGUUAGCUUAGUGCAAGGUGUUAUUUGUUGCAGAUUAUUUUACAGGACCCAUACGACGCAUGUGUGGACUGGUGGGCUCUUGGAGUCAUGGUGUUUACGAUGCUCACUGGAAUGGUUUGUAUUUCAAAUGUUAUUUCAGUUAUCUUGUUCUUAACACGAAAAAGGUGAAACUGAACUUAGACUAUGAUGAUGGUAACCUUCUUAGUUAACAAUGUACAUUUCAGAUGCCGUUUGAUGCUGAAUCGGAGGAUGAGUUAUUUGAUUUGAUCGUAUAUGACUACCCACAGAAACCGGACAAAAAAACAUUGUCUGAGCUGUCCAUUGACGCCACUGAAUUGUUCCUACACGUAAGUGUCAAAUACAUAAAUCAUACAUGAAAGGUUAUAUUCCCUUAUUUUUUUACAUGUACCCAAAUUAUUUAUUGUCAGUCGAUAUCAAUAGAGGCCACACUUAGUGAAAAAAUCCAAAGAUUGACUCCCUUCUCCCCGGGGUAACUGCUCCCCAUAACGGAUUAUACGGGAAGGCUCCACCAGAAAGGGUUUCCUUUUUUAGGAUUCAGGUAUAUUGAAGGGUAGAGAAAUCUUUUUUAUGUUGGAAUGAGUGAAGAACAAAUAUGACUAGACUAAAACUAGGUCAACGUUAACUUCCGUUACGGAGUAUCAUAAAAGCCUAACAUUUCCUUAAACAAAGGUCUCUGAGUUGAGAUUAAAUACCGGUAUUACAAGACAUAUCACAUUUUUUGGAUGUUUUCAGUUACUAGAGAAAUAUCCACAAGACCGUCUCGGGUAUAAAGGAGGCGAUUACCCCUGGAUCAGAGAUCAUGCUUUCUUUCACGGCUUUGACUGGAAGAGACUGGAGGCAUUGGAACUCGACCGCCCACCUUGA